AUGCUAGCUGAAAAUUCCGGUUCUAAAAGUUCUCAGAACCUGCCCCAAGUACUACCCGAGGGCGCUGUCCCUUCAAACAAGGAUUUAGAAAAGAAUAAGGACAAGCCUGACGCACCUAAGCAAGACCUUCAUCAGGACAUGGCGUCUCUUAUGGGAUUUUCCGGCUUUGACACAACCAAAAACAAGAAAGUUCAGCCCAAAAGCUCUGGUGGUAAGCGCGUCCAAAAGAAGCAGAAUAAAAAUGCUAAGUAUAGACAAUACGUCAAUAAGAAAAGUAAGAAGCUAGUGCAAUGA